AUGCUACUCAGCGAACGUAUAGUGCCUUCGCCGCAGCGGGAAACGGCAAUGGAUCGCUUGUUGAAUUCGUUGGAGGAUCGCGGCAUGAAUCUGGAACAACAGGUCAGGGAUGAGAAGGAGGGUACGGCGCCUGUUCCUAAGGUAGCUCGACUUCUCCGUGACGGGCAAGGGAAGUUCAUGUAUAUCGGAGACUCGGCGAGCUUGUCAUUUCUACAAAGCGUGCGCCGGGUUGUGUCUUCGUCUAUUGGCCGAUGCGAGUUUACGGAAGACAAUUCACGCCAUUCCAUGUUGGAAGCCUUCCAGAGCAACCCAAGUACCCAACCUGGACCCCUCAUUCCACCACCCAGUAAUGAGGAGGCCCAACGGCUUGCGCAACAAUUUGUGCUUGCGACAAGUCCAUUGUUAGACCUCUUCGACCUGGAAGAAUUUCAUCCACGCCUGGCCAAUUGGGUUGGAAACCCAUCCGGCGAUGAAGAUACCGUCAGCUCGAUCUUUUAUCUCGUCCUUGCGAUUGGUGCCCAAGUCUCCGAUAUCAAUCAGACCCUGGCAGAACAGUAUUUCAGCAGUGGUCGCCAAUUGGCCUUCUCAGCCUUUCAAGAAACGCCCAGCAUCCACACUAUCCAAUCAUACAUCUUGGUCUCGAUGUACAUGCUUGGCGCAUGCAGGCGCAAUGGCGCAUUUAUGAACCUCGGCAUUGCUUUGCGAGCCGCUUAUGCGGUCGGUAUACACCGUAAAGAUGCAAAUGCACUUUUCUGCGGCCGUGAAAGGAGGGCUAGAGAACGUGUUUGGAAGAGUCUGCGGAUGAUGGAUCUAUUCCUCAGUGCAUCCUUGGGCAGGCCCCCAGCAACGUCGGAUUAUGAUUAUGAUAUUCGAGACGACACUCUCGUUUCCGGAGAUCAACAGCGGAAUUUGACACCCGAUCAGCAGCUCUCGGUUGCUGUAAUAUCGCUCUGCCGCAUCUUUGAACGGAUCUUGACAGAUGUCUAUAUGAAGCAAGUCAUCUCAAUCAAUGUGGCCGAAGCGAUUUCAAACCAACAUCGUGCGUGGGUUCGAACUCUGCCCACGGUUCUCAGGAUGCAAACGGAACGGCUAGACAACAAGAGCAUGGAGGACAGCCUGGCUGCUGCUCACGUCUUUGGAUCCUACUACUGGUCGAUCAUCCUUCUAACGAGGCCUUUCCUCGUCUACCGCGUGGCUCAAUACGUCAAAAGCAAAGCAGACCCCUCCUCCUCUGAAUCGCGCAACAGCAGUUCUCGCAUCUCCCUUUUUGCAGACGCUUGCGUAUACUCUGCUCUUCGCGGCUUGGAUGUGGUAGACGACCUCGCCCGAUUCGGUUCUCUCCCCCGCCGUCUCCCAUUCCUAAUAAACUCCGUCUUCAACUCGGCAGUCGUUCUCGGUGCAGCCUUCUUCGCCGACUACGAUAACCUUCUCCCCCUAGAAGAAGGUCUGAACAAAGCAGAGCGUUUCUUGGGUCUAUUCGUCCCGCACGAUCCUCACGCAUACCGUUUCCUCCAGAUCGUCAAGUACCUCCGCGGCGCCGUGGCAGAGUACGUCCAACGACGUAACCGACAAUGGAUGGAGCGCCGAAGCAGACAGGUUGACCAGCUCUUUGGCCAAGUUGGCGGCGGUACGGACUCUACAUCACCACUAGCUGUCCGAGAUCUUCCUCCGCCUAGUCAGGCCGGCAACCAUCGAGAACCCCAACAAUCACCCAUCGCCCCUUCACCAAGCCCAUCCGCUAAAUUGGCCGGAAACACCCCGUCAUCCAUGUUCACUACGCAACCAGGGGCUACCACCGGCCCACAGCCAUCUGGAACGGAUAUCUGGGACGCCCUCUCGUACGGACCUGACGGCGCACCUUUAUCGUAUGACGCUGCUAUCUCGGCACUGACAACCUCCGGCAUUCCAGUCGGUUGUUCCCCCGGCGGAACUAUUCCAACAGGACAGCCGCCAAUGUCCGGUGGCCCUUCUCCUCUUUCCGAUGUGAUGUUUCCGGAGAACGGUCUGUUAUACAUGGCUGAGGACCUUCCUGUCUUCGGGAUAUGGGAGGACAAUCAAAUACCUUAG